CACUUUUUGUGAGCAAGAAAAUCACUAGCAGAAAAAGAGUGUUUAAGUCUGUAUUAUAUCAGCCUCAACUUGUAGCUCGACAGUUGGGAUGUUGUCAAGGCAACCCUCGCGGUGUCUAUGGGCCGAAUGUUCUCUUUGGAGACGAAGAUGGGUUGUUUACAGAUUUUGGGUCCAUUGCGACAUACAUUCGGGCAUCGAAUACCUACAUAACUGCUAAUUCUUACAUUCCGUUUCAUCAAUCGCCUCAAACUGUGCAUGAUCUUCUUGAAUGGUGGACAGCAAUUUGGAAUGUGAUCGGAAAACCCGUCCAAGAUUGUCUUCAAUUGCUUUUCCCUUCAGAGAAUGGAGGAUUUCUUACAUUGCCGAUAAAAGACCGGCAAACCAUCUCCCACUCAAGCCCGAAGGAAAAGAAAAAGAAAAAGAAAACAAUGGACGAUGACCAAAUCUCCAAGAAGAUCAAUUCGGGGGUCAAGCACGCAGAUAUCCUACUGUCUGAUCCAGCUGAUGUUCGUAGUGACGAUGAUGACGAUGGCUUACCAUUAGUCAUUCAUUCCAAGGGUUCUCGGAAAGAAAAAGGGCUUAGAAAACAACAGCCUUUGCGGGACACAGUUAGAGCACACGAAAGCCCAAUCCAUUCCCAAUCACUUAUACGUUCUGCAGAUGUCCAGCUGAUUAACAACUUCGUCCAAGGCGCCGAAAGCUCACUCCAGAAUGACACAAGAACUGACAAUGCAAACUGCACACGACUGCAGCGACUACCUCCGGACAGCGAAGAACAUCCUUCGGUUACACUUUCUCAUCCACACCAUUCUAUUUUAUCAAACGCGGCCAACAUGAACCUGUUCAAUUUAACCGAGACAAAGCUCGAGGAACUAACAGAUACCUUCAUGGAACUUCUGGAAGCAUACAGGUCCGACCCUUGCAUUGCACACCAACUUGAUCGGUCAUUAAACAGGGUGAUCGAGCUAAGAGUUGACUCCGCGGGUUGGCUAAGAAGCUUGGAGUUUCAGGAAAGCACGUUAGCCGUAUCAGAUCCCGAAUCCAUAGAAAAUUCCCUCAAAGUGGCGGAGGAUCGCAUGGAAUGUGCUCGGACUGAGAGAGAUGUUCUUCUAUCGGACAGAGAUUGCCUCGUGCAAGAAAUCUCGCAAGAAGAGCGUGAAUUGGAGCAAAGGCGCAAACGGCUCGAAGGCAAAUUCGCGCGCCUAAUGGAUGUCGAAAAACUUUUGGAACAAAAUUUACAGACCCUGGAAGAUCAACAGUGUUUCAGCGCGGAUCUUCGCAACGACUUGAUUCAAAACCAACAUUUGAGAAAGAAGAAAGAAAGAAGUCUAUUGUUAGCAAAAACGCACAGGGAGCGAAUGAAUGAAGCAUGGAAAGAAAUUCAAACAAUCAUAAACAACCUCUUGGCAUGAUUCAAUUUCAUUUAAUUUAGUUUGAAUUCGUUUAAUAUUAAGGUAAAGAUGAGAAAGAAUAAUUCGGUAGAGA